AUGGUUUUUGGAAAAUCCACACGAACAAUAUUUCCGCUGCUUCCACCAUAUGGUGCACACAAUCCAGAAGAUGGACGCAUUAUUCCAUCUCAUCCAGAUGGACUUACACCUUAUCUCGGCCUAAGAGCCCGAUUGUCACAAGUUUGGAUCAAUCGCUGGACAAUUUUGAUCCUCCUUGUACUUGUUCGACUUUUGUUAGCCAUCGGUAACAUACGAAGCGACAUGGCCAGUGCCAAGCGCGAAGCCCUCUCUGCAUGUACCUCGGUCGAAUCCAUGGGCAGUGCUAUGGCAUCGAUGCCACACUAUCUUGCAGGGGGAGUCAACGAGCUGACAGCUGCCGGUGUCACCAAUGCCGUCAGUGGUUUGAACUCCAUGUUAGAUCUCGUUAUCACCGCCGCUGAAGAGAUUAUUAUCUUUGUCCUCAAGAUGAUGUACCAAACCUACCUCUGUCUGAUUACCCUGGCUGUACGAGGUGUGGUGGAGGCAGCAACGGUGCUUAUUGAGGAUGUUAUUGAUGGAGUAAAUAAAACCAUCAAGGCUGUGGAGUCAGAUAUCACAAGCGUCGUUGGCACAUUUGAGACGGCUCUCAAUGAUGUGACUUCAUUGAUCAAUGACCUAGGCGCUUCUAUCCCAACCCUCAAUCUCAACAGUUCUCUCGCCGAGCUGAACGAUUGGUCCAUUCCUUCUUCUGUCGACACGAGCAUUAGCAAACUCAACAACUCAAUCCCCAGCUUCGCUACUGUUGAAAACUUUACUGAAUAUGUGAUCAAGUCGCCCUUUGAGGAGGUCAAGAAACUACUCAACGACCACUUGGGCAAUUACAGCUUUGACAGCUCAGUCCUCUCCAUUCCCGCUAAAAAAUCCCUGACAUUCUGCAAUGACAACGAUGGGAUCAACAGCUUCUUUGACGGAGUAACCGAUGUUGCCAUAACCGCCCGGAAAAUCUUCAUUAUCGUCUGCAUCGUUGCAGCUGUUUUGGCCUGUAUUCCUUCCGCAUACCAAGAAAUUCGAAGGUGGCGUCAAAUGAAGGAGCGUGCACAACUCGUUCGGAAGGAAGCUCAUGACCCCAUGGACGUUGUUUACAUUGUCUCCCGACCAUAUACCGCCGCCGCUGGUAUCAAAGCCGCAAGCCGUUUUAGUAACAGCCGGCGACAAAUUAUCGUUCGGUGGGCUAUUGCAUAUGCAACAACAAUGCCAGCACUCUUUGUGCUCGCUCUUGCCAUUGCCUCCCUGCUGGCUUGUCUGUUCCAAUGGAUUAUCCUCCACGAAAUCUCAAAGGAAGUCCCGGCGCUCAGUGCCGAAGUCGGCCAGUAUGCUGAUAAAGUGGUGUCAGCCUUGCAAAAUGCCUCAACGGAGUGGGCGGAUGAUGCGAACGGGUACAUUACCAACUUUGACAACGAAAUCAACACCAACGUUUUGGGAUGGGUGAAUACGACCACCACCGCAGUCAACGAUACUCUGAAUGUCUUUGUUGAAAAAGUCACCGGCGUUCUCAACGACACAUUCGGGGACACAAUCCUCAAAGACCCAAUUGAAGAAGUAUUCAACUGCUUGAUCGGCCUCAAGAUCGCCAGCUUCGAAAAGGGCCUCACCUGGGUCUCGGACAAUGCGCAUGUCAACUUCCCUCUAUUCCCAGAUGAUGUCUUCUCAAAGGGUGCAAACGAGAGCAUCACAAACGACUCUUCCGAUGACAGCUUUCUCUCCAACGCAGGCGAUGAGACCUCUAACAAGAUAACUGAAGUCGUUAAUGAAGUUAUCCACGCGCUAAAUGAGGCUCUUCGUCUGGAAACAAUCAUCGCAACUGGCAUCUUCCUCAUUUGGGUGAUUAUCGUUAUGAUGGGCGUCUUCCGUGCAAUGUUCCUGUGGUGGGGCCGUGAUCGGAAUCGCGGUGAUGGCGGUGGUCAUGCUAUGGACCCUGUGCCUAACAACCCCCAGCUGCCGCCUGGUCCUCGCGGGUUCACCGAUGUUCCUUUGACAGCUAUGCCAAAGGCUGCUUCGGGUGGUGCGCCUCCGGCUCCAAGGUAUGAAGCUAGUGCGGCGAGGGCUGUGGCUGUACAGAAUGAUCCUUUCCAUGAUGCUCAUGCAUAUCCCGACGAAAAACUGGGAUUUGCGGGUCAGAGGACUUUACAAGUAGAUUCCACAGCUACUUUGAGACAGAGUAAUUGUGUGGAGUAUGACGUGAAGGGUUAG